UACCUAUUGCCUCGUUCUCAUGACAGGGACAGCGUAGAAACCAGUCAGUGUUGGAUUUCCGAAGCACUGACAACUUUUAACGCACGUUGAUUGCCCCCUUGCAUCCAUCUCUCAUCGCCUGAACCGUGCGGCGGAAGCCUGUAGGGAUUGGCAAUAUUGUUGUUGUUUUGAGUUUGGAGCCCCAGCUUGACCUUGCACACAUCAUCUGAGCCACAUCACCAUCAUCACUUUAGUUCAACCCAACCCAUCUCAUCAUCAAUCAUUCAAUUAAACACAGUACGGUAGUCUACCACUAUCUAUCUAUCUAUCUAUCUUUCUAUCUAUCCUGCCAUGGCAUCCACAAGUCGAGGUAGCAGCAACGAUCACGAAUCAUCAUCCGAGAGUGGUGGCUCCGAGGGAUCGGAUGCCAGAAGUCUCGGAGAAGUGUGGUUCAACCUCAUGGACAGAAGCAAUGAUGUAUCGCCCAAGCCAUCAUCAGAUGCAGGGACGUCCGCCGAUGGUAGGUCCAUGAUGCUCGCAGUAGCCGGCGCCUCUCCGGGGUAUGCGAGGAUCGAUCGAUACGCACCGCCUGGUGGUGGACUCGUGUUUCCGACAACCAUCAGCACCACCCAGAAACGCAACUCCAUGGGAUCCUCCGAUAGUGCUGCGGGGGGCGGCAAGAAUUCCAAACGAAGGAAGCGAAACCUCACAGAAGCCAAGCGAGUAGAACGAAACGCAAGGGAGCAGGCAAGGAGCAACCGGUUAUCAGAGCAGUUCGCGGAGCUACGGGAUCUCCUUCUCAAGGCAGGGAUCGUGGUUCCCAAAGGAACCAAAGGAUCAGUGCUUUGCUUGGUGAGGGAUUACAUUCGAGUGCUCGAAGAAAACCGGAAGAAAGUUGAAACGGAAGUCCAGCACCUUCGACAGCAACUAGCAAACAUGGGCCAAGGAAACCAGGGUUCUCAGACAGCACAAGCUCUCCAACUUGUGACGUCAAGGAAUGGGAUGCCCGCGCUUGUUGGCGGGCACUGCCAAGAUCCUGGUAGCGCAGCCUUUCCAGACGAGGUCAUGAACGAAUCGCAUUAUCGAGCUGCAUUUGAUCAUUGUGCCAUUGCCAUGGGCAUUGCAACCUUGGGAGGCACCCUGGUGGACUGCAACCAGUUGUUUUGUGCCAUGAUUCAGCACGAAAAGGAAUACCUCAAGACUCUCUCGGUCUUUAAUCUGACGGCACACGAUCAGCUCUCGUAUGCCUUUGACCGACUGAGCGACUUGCUCACAAACUCUACAGCCGCACCGGAUACCGAGGCCGCAUCCAUCAAUGUUUCUUCCACAAUUCCCGGCCUCGGCCUCAAGAUUACGCUUUUGGAUCAUUCCACCGAUUCCACAACCUUUCAGGGCGACUGUCGAAAGAAGCGAUUACUCAUCACCCUUCUCAAGAAGUCACCCGAGCCUCUUCCACCCGGUGCGUUUGGCCUCCCAACCGGACCUCAAGCUCCCGUUACGGGCGCCCCGCCUCAACCGACGGUUCUAUCAGGUGGAAUGAAUCUUCCAAGCAAAGAGGAGCAAGAUCCAUCGGCAUUCUAUGCUACGGGCUAAGUCUGCCUAUCCUUUCGUGUUUGCUCAAUCGUAGUCUUUCUGGUCGUGGCCAGUUCCAUAUCGUCGCAGUCAAGAGUCAGUCCCUUCGGAGCUACGCUGCGCUCUUUGGAUGCAUGCAUGCAAAAGGUGUUACGGAAACAAUCGAAAAUGAUGACGAUUAUGUCAUUCCAUGAUUAUAUGCUAUACAAAAUGUAUUUAAAUAUGAAUUACUUCCUUGU